CCGGAUUAUGGUUGCUCGCGUGGUUGUGGCAUUCCCUGUGGUUGCCGAGCCGCUGCGAAACAGUUGCGGAAUGCUCUUUUGAAUUGGAUCAAUGCAGGUGGUACAACGAGGCAGACUCUUCCUACCAAUGGAUGCGAUCGACUGGUUCAUCUUCCGGUACGGGGCCUUCUUCGGCGCACGCUGGGCAGUAUUACCUGUCUGUUGAGGCUACGAUGACUACAACGCAGGCUGGCAGUGGCACGCAGUUGGAGUCUGUAGGUGCAGGGCAUUGCAGCAGUGGUCAGAUCUAUAGCAGCUCUGCCUGGGAGCUCGGUCGAACCUCCGUGGGCGUCAAAGGGUUCGACACGCCUGAGUACGAGGCGUGGGUCCAGGAAGCGUGGGCGAAGUGUGUGGCGAAGGACGCUGGCGCCAAGUACGUGAGUGUUUGGACGGACGCUGGCUACAGGUGCUACACGGCAACCGCUUGUGAUCCCAACGGCGCCUCUAGCACGAGAUCAUGGGAAUCAGUUCAGGUUGGCAAUGCCAUGCAGUUGGAGUCUGUAGGUGAAGGGUCUUGCAGCAGUGGUCAGAUCUAUAGCAGCUCUGCCUGGGAGCUCGGUCGAACCUCCGUGGGCGUCAAAGGGUUCGACACGCCUGAGUACGAGGCGUGGGUCCAGGAAGCGUGGGCGAAGUGUGUGGAGAAGGAUGCUGGCGCCAAGUACGUGAGUGUUUGGACGGAUGCUGGCUACAGGUGCUACACGGCAACCGCUUGUGAUCCCAAUGGCGCCUCUAGCACGAGAUCAUGGGAAUCAGUUCAGGUACCAAACUCAUACGCCUACCUAUACUCGUACGCUGACCUAUCCAUGGAGUCGGACUGGAUGUUCAGCUUCUGGUACUACAUGUUCGGCAGUGCGACGCAAGAACUUUCUCUUCAAGGGCUUUCCCACGGCAGUUACACGGCUUUAUGGGACGCAGCUGGUCAUCAAGGGCCGGCGUGGCGGGAUGCGUUUGUGGUAGUGCCGAGUUCCGUCUCUCAAUUACGUAUUGCGGCAGUCGUUGGGAGCAGCGACAUCGCCAUUGAUGAGCUUGUGGCGCAACUUGGCGCCGGUUUUUGAGUUACUUGUGCCACUAUCAACAUGUUUGGAGCAAUGGC